AUGGCGAAGUUACAACCUCCAGAAAACUUUGAUUUUUCAAGCCCAAAUAAAUGGAAUAACUGGAAACAAAGAUUUUCUUUCUACAGAACAGCUUCAAAACUUCAUAAAGAAGAUGGAGAUAUACAAGUCGCUACACUGGUAUAUACCAUGGGAAAAGAAGCUGACAAUUUAUUAAAAUCGUUUGAACUAUCAGAAAGUUCUUCAAAAUAUGCUACCGGAAGUGUAGUUCUUCAGAAACAAGACAAUGGUGACUUUAAGCCAGUGUCAUUUGCGUCAAGGACAUUUACACCCACAGAGUUGUCACCAGUCUCCCAGCUACAGAAAAAAAGGCUAGAGGAAAUUAAAUCAGAACAAAAAUCUGACUAUGUGUGCAGCAAAUUAAUUGAAUAUACCUAUAAUGGGUGGCCUAGUACAGAAUCGUGUGAAAUUGCCAAAUUGUAUAAACCUUAUAGGUCAGAAAUUACUGUGAAUAAAGGUUUGUUAAUGAGAAAUGACAGACUUAUUAUUCCGACAGACAUGAGACUAGACAUUCUGUCUAAGUUACACCAAGCUCAUCAAGGCAUAGCAAGGGCAAAAGAAUCAGUUUGGUGGAAAUGUAUAUCACGUGACAUACAGCAAUUGAUUCAGAAUUGUGAUAUUUGUGCAAAGUUUCAAAAUGACAAAAGAGAACCAAUGAUAUCUACUCCAUUUCCUAGGAGAAGUUGGUCAAGAUUAGGUUCAGAUCUUUUUCAUUGGCGCGGACAUACAUAUUUAUUAGUUGUAGAUUACUUUUCACGAUAUAUAGAAUUAUCGAGACUUACGUCAACGUCUUCGAUGGCGGUAGUUGAACAUUUCAAGUCAAUAUUAUCGAGACAUGGCCUAUGCGAUACCAUAGUUUCUUAUGGAGGGCUGCAAAACACCUCUGAUGUAUUCAGACAGUUUUGUUUGAAAUACGGAAUCGAACAUGUAACAAGUAGUCCACGAUAUCCCUUAGGGAAUUCGGAAGCAGAUCGCGCUGUUAAUACUGUAAAACGCUUAUUGUCUAAAUGCGACGACCCUUAUGAAGCGAUGACGAUCUAUCGUGCGACUCCAUUACCGCACAAUGGUUUAAGUCCGAGUCAAAUGUUAUUUGGCAGGCGAAUUAAAACAACUCUUCCACAAGCACCACAAAAACUGCUACCAAGCAAUAUAAACUAA